AUGUAUAAAAUUUUACCUUUCGUCCCCGACGUUGAAUUUGCUUUGUCGAAUUUACCCGUGGAGCUUUGGGCCAUCAUUUUGAGGUGUUUGGACCCUACUUCACUUCUAGCUGCUGCCAGAUCCAACGACCUGUGGAAACACAUCGCCCAGGGAGAUCCUAUUUUGAGGACGACCAUCAAGGACCAGAGGGUGUUGGAGAAACGAAGACGCCGAGAGGAGAUGCUUAAUCCAGGGCUCCUGAUUUCCGUAACCAGAAAUGGACCCGGAGGAGUGUUUGGACCCAACGGUACCAAAAUUGUUCGAAGACAGGUUCUAGCACGAGGACCAGUUACCACCGUGGAAAAAAGGAAAUGUCAAAACAAAGACGCUGGACCUUUUCGUAAAAAAAUAAUUCAAGAAGUGAAAAUAAUGAGAUGUUAA